CACUUUUCAUACAUUUGUAGGAGAAUUGAGUUCGUAUUCACAGUAUAAUCUGACUUAUUCUGAACAACGACACUUGCUGUGAUGGCAAAGCGAACAAGGCGACCGAGGGACCAGCUGCCAAACUGUUACUAUGAAGGAUACAUGGAGAAGAGAGCAUUCAAUGAUGAGACAUCUCAGAAACUGUGGACCGCCCUUUGUGGAAACACCCUUUUUUUCUUCAAUGACAAAAAGGACUGCGAUUACAUAGAGAAACUGGAUCUCAGUGGAUUUAUCUCAGUAACAGAUGAGACCAGACAGGACCGUAACUUGGAUGCAGCCAGAUUCAAUCUCCGACUGAAAGGCGGAAAUAUCAAAUUCACCGUCCCAAAUGCAGAAGUUCGUGAGUUUUGGAAGGGCUAUAUCCAAGCUGUGGCUGAGCUGGCUGUGCCCACCUCUCUGAAUCUGCUGCCAGGUCAGAUCCACAUGCUGAAAGAGGCAGUACAAAAGGAAACGGAGAGAAAACAGAACAGUCCUCCAUCUGCUGAGACCAGCUGCCCUUCUUAUGUCACCCUACAAGCAGACAUGCCAGCCUGUUACCACAAUGUCUCCCGCCUGGAGGCCGAGCUGCUUCUUGACAGAGAAGUCAAAAGAGGAAACCUGCUGCUGAGACCUGGAAGCGAUGGGAGCUCCUUCGCUGUCAGCACCAGGCAGGACUUGGACAGCCCUUUAGUCAAACACUACCGCGUGAUCCGAAAACACGACGGCGGCUUCAUCAUCGAUGUGGAGCCUAAAGUCACCUGUGACACUCUGCACGAUAUGAUCAGCUAUUUAGUGACAUCAACUGACGGAGUUUUGAUUCCCCUCAUUAUUGAAGAACCAUAUGAAAAGAAAUUAUCUUAUAUUUCUUCUGAUAAUGAAAAUGGAGAAAAGAGUGUUCAGCAGCCCUUGCAAAAAGGUCCUCCACCAAGCCUUCCUUCCAAGCCUCCCAAACCAGUCUGUAGAAAAACACCAUCUCCUGAACCAGAGGAAUUGCCAGUGGAAGAGUGCUUGUAUUUGAAUGAGAACUGGAAUGAGGAAGCAGAAGAGACAGAAGAUUCCUCAGUCAAUCCGUUGCCACAACCAGAAGGGAAAACCCAGAAAAUUCCACUCAUGCCUCCAACUCCUGCACCUCGCAAAUUUUUUCCCUCCUCCGUUUCAACCACAAAACAAGAUGUGAAGGUGAAAGCCGUUACAGACCCCGAUAAUCAGCUUGCUCGCGCAACAAUAUCUGAGCUGAAACUUCGGCUGGAAAAAAACAAGGGCAAGUGCCAGUGACCUCUCGUGACGGGAGCCCCUGAGAGCAAUCUCCAUCUGUGACAAUAUGGCAAAGCUGCUGUGUCAGACCGUCCCUGCAAGAUGAACCGACACAUGGGAGCAGAAACGGGCCGCUGAUAACCUCCCCCUGCUCCGCAGUGUAGCUCGGCUCUGUCGGCAGCACAGAAGCAGCAAAGCCUCUCAGAAGAUUAACGUGCUAUUGAUUUUUGUUUCUCUUGGACACUCGUUAGCAAAUUAAUCAACUGUAAAGAGCAGUGCACAUGUCACAUUAUCUAUACCUUUCUCUUGUACAUUUUGCACAUUUGCCAAUGAAAGUGGCACUUUUUUUCUUUGUUCUAUUGA